AUGGCCACUGUUGCUGCAAACUCUACGCUCACAACAACAACUGCUUUCCCUGCAGAGGAAUUGGAAGUUCCCCAGCUCGCUCUGGCCGCAUGGAAAUUCGACGAAGUUUCAGUCUACAUCUCCAUCACUCUGUUCAUCUUAGCCGUUGUGCUCUUGAAAAUUGCUUAUCAUAAGCUGCCAUGGGUUGCCAGCUACUUGCCCGAAUCCCUUCUACUAAUUGUAAUGGGUCUUAUAUUCGGUUCCAUCAUUCACUUCAUCCCGAAUGCUUCAGCCCUUCGUCUCACACCCAAUCUCUUCUUCAACAUUCUUCUCCCUCCGAUC